AGGUCACCGGCCCCGAUGGGAAAUGGUUCGGUGAAACCCAGGUACCUGAAGAGGCCAGACAGCCAUGUUGGAACCUGUCCGGGUUGUUCCAGUUGCAGCAAGGUCCUGAAAGACCCAGGGUUGAGCAUCAGUACAAUAACGGGCGCUGCCGAUAUUCUGAGAAGCAAGAUUUGGGAGCUUGAAAAAGAACUGAAGAGGCAGGAGGAAGAGUUACACGAAAGGAACUAUCACAUCCUUGAACUCCAGGAGCAACUUGCCAAGCAAACCAAGACCAUCUCAGAUCUCACUGAGGAGCUCAAGUGUAAAUGCAUCCAGCUGAACAAGCUCCAAGAUGUUGUGGUCACCCAAGGGACAAAUCCUUUCCUGUUUUCCACCCUGAUAGAGGUACCCAGGGCCAGCCAAGUGGCAGGCAGCAACAGGAGGAGGGGUGCAAAGGAAGGGGUGUCUGCAGAGCCCACCACCCGAACGUAUGACCUAACGGAGCAACCUCGGUUUUCUUUUGAAAAAGCCAGAGUCAGGAAGGCCUCCAGCGAGAAAAAGCUAAUCACAGAUGCUCUGAGUAGAAACCAAUUUCUGAAAAGGCUGGACUCACAGCAGAUCAGAGAUAUGGUAGAAUGUAUGUAUGGAAGAACAUAUCAGCAAGGAAGCUACAUAAUCAAACAAGGAGAACCUGGCAAUCAUAUAUUUGUACUCGCAGAAGGUAGAUUGGAGGUUUAUCAGCAUAACAAAUUUCUAUCAUCAAUUCCUGUGUGGACAGCAUUUGGGGAAUUGGCUAUUUUAUACAACUGCACAAGGACAGCCUCAGUGAAAGCUGUCACCAGUGUGAAAACAUGGGCAUUAGACAGAGAGGUUUUCCAAAAUAUCAUGAGAAGAACAGCUCAAGCAAGGCAUGACCAAUAUAGAAACUUUCUGAGAAGUGUUUCUUUACUGAAGAAUUUACCCGAAGAUAAACUAACCAAGAUUAUAGACUGCUUGGAAGUGGAAUACUAUGACAAAGGUGAUUAUGUUAUCCGCGAGGGAGAAGAAGGAAGCACCUUUUUUGUUAUAUCCAAGGGGAAGGUUAAGGUUACCCAGACCGCAGAAGGGCAAACACAGCCUCAGUUGAUUAAAACAUUGCAGAAAGGAGAUUACUUUGGAGAAAAGGCCUUGAUCAGUGAUGAUGUUAGGUCUGCUAAUAUAAUUGCAGAUGAAAAUGAUGUGGAAUGCCUUGUUAUUGAUAGAGAAACUUUCAAUCAAACAGUUGGAACAUUUGAAGAACUUCAGGCAUACCUUGUGGGUUAUGUAGCUACUUUGGCUCGGGAUGAUGAAAAAAGGCAUGCUCAAGUCUCUUCCGUGGAGCGACUACCUAAUGUUGUCUCUUUGGAGAUGAUUCAGUUGAAAGAAAAAGUUACCCAGUUUCCCUCCUCUUGCCCUUUUCAAAACCUGGAAAUUGUUGCUACUCUGGGUGUUGGUGGAUUUGGAAGAGUUGAACUUGUGAAAGUUAAGAAUGAGAACAUAGCAUUUGCCAUGAAAUGCAUUAAGAAGAAGCACAUAGUGGAUACCAAGCAACAGGAACAUAUUCACUCAGAAAAGAAAAUUCUAGAAGAGGCCUGUUCACCGUUCAUUGUGAAAUUGUAUCGCACAUUCAAAGACAACAAAUAUGUUUAUAUGCUCUUAGAAGCCUGUCUUGGAGGUGAACUAUGGAGCAUCCUCAGGGACAGGGGUAGUUUUGAUGAAACCACUACAAAGUUCUGUGUUGGGUGUGUGACAGAAGCUAUUGAAUAUUUGCAUUGUAUGAGUAUAAUCUACAGGGAUUUGAAACCAGAAAAUUUAAUUUUGGAUGCCCAAGGUUAUAUAAAGCUGGUUGACUUUGGGUUUGCUAAAAAGAUCAGAGCAGGGCAGAAGACCUGGACAUUCUGUGGGACACCUGAAUAUGUUGCACCUGAAGUCAUUCUGAAUAAAGGCCAUGAUUUCAGUGUGGAUUUCUGGUCUCUUGGAAUCCUUGUGUAUGAACUGCUUACAGGAAAUCCUCCAUUUACUGGAGUCGAUCAAAUGAUGACCUACAAUUUGAUUUUAAAAGGCGUCGAAAGGCUGGAUUUUCCCAGAAUAAUAACCAAGCGCCCUGAGGAUUUGAUUCGGCGGCUUUGCAGACAAAGCCCUACAGAGAGAUUAGGAAAUCUGAAGAAUGGAAUCCAUGAUAUCAAGAGGCACAGGUGGCUGAAUGGUUUUAAUUGGGAAGGACUCAAGGCAAAGAAGUUAACAUCACCCCUAAAAAGAGAGCUUUCAGGUCCCAUGGACUACAGUCACUUUGACAGAUAUCCACCUGAACAGGGAGUUCCACCAGAUGAGCUUUCGGGCUGGGAUAAAGAUUUCUAAGAAGAGAAAAUCCCUACAAGGCUAGUAAUGUAAUUGUCAGCAUUCACAGGUUGUCUGCAGUGAUUGUACGUGUACUUAUUAAGGGUCCAGCCAAUAUGCACUGAAAUUGCAUUUAAAAUUCAAAGGACCGUGGAUCACACUCUUAAUUUCCUCUGUAAAUUCCUGACACGAAGUAUUUCACGGUGAAGCUAUGCCUUCUGAGAAGCAGAAUGAAGGGGACCAGUGACCAGCAGCUUAACGCCCUGCUAAAUUACGAUCUAAAUUCCACAUUCAUCUCCUUCGGAAGUGUGUGGCCCAUUUAUUACAUCAGCAUCUAUGCUCUGAUGUGCUUUGCAUAAAAUGCCACUGUGAGCAACCUUGGACCCCAGAGAUGAGAACUGUAGGAGGGUGAGGGAAUGCUGGAAAGAGAGUAGCAUUUGAAUAGCUUUCUGUAGGUCUCAGUGCUCAUUUUUUCUGUUAUCUUACCAGGUAAAUGAAACCUGUUCCUAAUAGUGGGUGAAUCCUGAAAACUAAAAUGUGCCUCUAAAAAUAUUUUCCCUUUAAAAAUAAGGUUAAAAUUAAGUUGUAUUGUUUUUACAAAAGCAAAAACACAGAUGUAAAAAUGCAGAAAAGAAAAAUAAAGCCAAAAAAGUAGUAAAAACUACAGUAGCAGAUGGACAUGCAUACGCAUACACACAUAUUUGAU